CAGCGGCAGCGGCAGCAGCGGUGGUGGUGUGAUCAUGUGACGCCUGCAUUUCCGACACAACAAUACACCACCUUAUCGGUCCACAUUCACGCUCCCACUCUUCCCCCCACGCCUCGCUGUCGGUAUGGCGGACGGCGAGAGGUCCCCGUUACUAUCAGAUCUGGGAGAUGGUACUCUUGGCAGCGGUAACGGCGGGGUGUCUCCCGGUGCAGCGCCCUACGGCGUGCCCAACAAACCACAGAGCUUCCCUCCGUUCCCCGGCCCCGCUCAGUCCUCGGUGCUCCUAGGGGAGGACCCUCCGCCCUACUCCCCUCUCACCUCCCCAGAGAGCGGCAGUGCCCCUGUUAUCAGCUGCAGGGUGUGUCAGAGUCUGAUCUCUGUGGAGGGUAAGAUCCACCAGCAUGUGGUGAAGUGCGGGGUCUGCAAUGAAGCUACGCCCAUUAAGAACGCCCCAGCAGGGAAGAAGUACGUUCGCUGCCCCUGCAACUGUCUGCUCAUCUGCAAAGUCACCUCCCAGAGGAUUGCCUGUCCCCGGCCAUAUUGUAAGAGGAUAAUCAAUCUGGGUCCAGUUCAUCCUGGUCCGGCCAGUCCUGACCCCCAGCCAGCCGGGGCCCGGGUCUCCUGUGGACACUGCAGCAACACCUUCCUGUGGACAGAGUUCACAGACCGGACGCUGGCCAGGUGCCCACACUGCAGGAAAGUCUCCUCCAUUGGUCAGAGGUAUCCCAGGAGGCGGAGCUUGUGGUGUUUUCUACUCUGCUUGCUAUUCAGCAUCUCGACCGCCGGGCUGAUGGCCGGGACGUGGGUGAAGGCUCAGACCUACCAGGGGAUCUACGCCUCGUGGGCCGUGUUGCUGCUCCUGGUUGUCGUCACCCUGGCGCGGGCCUUCUACUGGGCCUGCAUGAGGGUCAGCCAGCCCCUCCAGAACUUCACAUAGAGUCAGCUCCCAAACCUGCCGCACCCUCUUCCCAACCCGCCAGGAUGGAGGAAAAGAUGGCUUAAAAAAAAACAAACAAACAAAAAAAAAAAAAAACAGAAUACCGAAUAUUUAUUUAAAUCCAAACUCCUGAGAGAGAAAAGGUUCUCCUCCUCCUCCUGUCCCUUUUCCUUUUAGUCAAAUGUGUUUCUAAAACUGGAUGGCGGUGGCUGCGACUGCUAUAUAUCUAUCGGUAAUUAUGAUGACGCGUAUAGCCUAAUGUACUGUUUAUCUAUUCUAAUCUCGUGGCCAGUGUGGGUUCAUUUUAACAUUUGUAACACUUUUUUCUUCUUCUUUCUCCCCCCUCCUUGCGCUGUUUAUAAAGUUUAGCUUUAGUCUGUGGCACAUCUGUUGCACUCCCGCAACACCUAAGAUGAGGGCUUAAAGUUAAGUAGAUGUGAAUUGUGCCCUUGUUUUCGUUUAAGGGGACUCCCCCCCCCCUCCCCCUUUUCUCAGCAUUUCACGUUUUUUAAACCGGAAAAAAAAAAAAAAAACAACAAAUUAUUUUGUGAAAGCAGCGAUGAAGUCAGAUGAAGCUAAUAAAAUCGAUGCCAGUAGAAGACGAUUGGCUAAAGGGACAUCAGCCUCCCUUUUUGUGAAUCAGAACAUCAAGUAGGUGUUGAAAUGUGUCUGAAAAAUUGGAUUCAGCAGUACGUGAAAGGUAGGCUAUGAUGUUUCUGAACUCAGUGUUUAUGCUGAAUUAUCCCCUGGGACUGACUUUGAUCCAAAGCAGCUUGAAAGCCUUAAAAGGAGUUGUGAUAGAAGGAUUCAACGCACGCACACAGAGACACACACACACACACACACACACACGUACAUACACACGUACAUACACAGCCAUAUGAAUGCAUACCAGCACACAACAAAAGAAGGAUGCUCUUUAAGAGUUGCAGCUCAGAAACCAGUUAGUCAAAGGCGAUCCCAGCCUCUGUCUUCAAGGACAGACACGCAGACAUUCUCCUCAACGCUCUCGUCCUUGUCUCGGUGACAUGCGUGCCACUUUUGUGUGGAAGUUGGAUAUUUUCUGGUCCAAUAAGAGUGUGACCGCUUUUACAGCUCGUUUUCAUUGAUCCAAAAAUAUAGAAAACAGGUUUACUUUCUUUUGAUUUUCAGAGUUUUAUUAUCUCCAACCAACAUAUCGCUAAAUGUUGCAGGACCCUUCCUCCCGUUUCCAAGAGUCACGUUGACUUGAUUGCAUUUUUCUGUAUUGUUUGACCUUGUUUCUUCUUGUUAAUUUUGCUUUCUGAAACAGAACAAUUAGUUUUUAAGACGUCGAUAUCUGCCUCUUUAUACCCAUAAGACCCUUUGAGAAUGAGUAUUUCCUGUAGUUGCUUGUAUGUGUUUGUUUUUUUUUAUCCUUAUGAACUGCACAUAUUUUUCUAGCUGAGGUUAAAUCUGUGCAAACUUUAAGCUUAAAAAUACCAUACUUCAGUUCUUAAAGUCAAACUUUGGGAUUUUUCACCCUAUUUCCCCAUCAUUUUGUGUCUAAGUGACUAAUGGGGACAACAAUUUUUUAAAUUGGUCCAGUAUUGAGUGAGAUUGCUGCAGCUACCAAACAGGCUGCAAUGUAAUCUUUUGGAGCAGUCGUGACCCAUCACUGACAGGCUCAGAUUGUUAUUAUAAGCAUCUGACAACAUUAUAGAAAAGAUCCCUGCAGAGAAAUACAACUUUUUUUCUUUACCUUUCUCUGGAUCCGGUCUGUUUGUUAUCAUGUCUAACCAAGUCUCGCUCUAAAAUCCUGCGAGAAGUUGUCGCGGGAAGAACGCUAAUUAUUCAGCCAUGACUUUGAAAAUCUUUUAGAUAACACUAAGCUACACUUCCUGUACUCCCCGACACUCCUCACUCCAACUCCUUACUCACGUGUCCACUGUUGUCUUCUUGCGACAAGUCACCUCUCACAUGAUUUCAGAGCGAGACUUAGUUAGACGUAACAAACAGACCGGAUCAAACAAAUGGUAAAGAUAAAAGUUUU